ACCUGCCUAUCUGAAAUGGUAAUUAGACGGACAGCUGAAGAGUGCUGCUGUGUUUGGAGAAAUUCAUUUCAUUCUGCUACUCUUCGAAUCAGAUUUCCCGACAUGCUUCGAGAAAUCCUCUUGUUUCAUUUCCUUCUUGGAGUGGCUUUUGCAGACAACUCAGCCAAUCAAUACGUUGACAAUGUAUUGCAGUCAUCACUUGAGCAGGAACUUCUUUCUGCAAACUUACUUCCAGCUCGGUUGCCCGAGUUCACAGCAAUUUUGGGAUCUACGAAGUAUGGUAAAGGCCUAAUAGAAGUCCAUUUCACAUUCGGCAAUGUGACUGGCCUGGAUAGAAUUAAGAGGAAAGGGGACUGUACAGGGCCCAGGACUUACAAGGGGGAGAUCAGCAUCAACUGCACUCUCAGCUUGUUUCCUCUGCAGUCGGCUCACAGAACAGUGGUCAGGAACUCCACAUAUGCAAAUGUUGGGAAAGUGCAAGCAGCUGUCACCGAAGUACUUGUUGACCUGCAAAUUGUGGGAAGACCCCAGAAUUAUGUGGGUAUCUUAAAGAAGUUCGAAGUGGGUAACUUAGAUACACUUACUCCAGUAUUUUCGAACAUUCCCGCUUAUAUAAGAGGCGAUCUACCCUAUCUUCAGAAAACUUACAAAACUCAUGUAUUGGGCAAUUUAUAUGGGAUCCUUAGUCAAAAAUAUGCUGAUGCUUUACGUCGAGCUAUUGCUUUAAAACCUGUGCCACGACAGUAAAUGAACGAAAAACUAUCAAAAAGGACUUUUUUCGAAUUUAUCCUUUUUACCUUUUGCAGUAGAUUAAUUAUUUUUUGUUUUCUUUUUUGACAUGUUCUUUAUUAAAAUGUAAAAAUUCUUGGAAUUAAAAAUGAUUCGCGCAUU